AUGGAUAAAAGAUUUUUCUCCAAUUAGACUUUUCAUUUCUUGACUAUCUACUUUAUCAAUUUUGAUCAUGGCAUUCUUCCAGCUUGCAUAAAAAGAAUUCAAUUAGAUUUAGAAAUUAAUGAAAUAUAAGUAACAUAUUUAAUUAUUAUGAUUAAAAUAGCUCGGUUUAUUAAGUUCAUCUGUUUAUGCUGGAAUCAUUAUAGGAUCAAUGAUAGGGACAGGAAUGUAUGAUAAAUAUAAGACGAAAUCGAUUCUUAUAAUUUGCUCUUUAUUUUACAUACUGAGUUUAUCAGUAUUUCUCAUUACAAAGAAUAUUAUGUUAUUACAUUUUUCCAGAUUCUUUACAGGAUUGUUUUAAGUAUGCUUCAUUAAUUUAAUUGGUAUUUUUAGUUAUUUAUUUUCCUAUUUGGAUUGAUCGUUAUGGAGGAAAAUAAAAAGAUUAAUAGUUGAUAUACAUUUAAAUAGGAGUACCCUUAGGAACAAUAUCAGGAUUCUUAAUAAGUUCGUUAUCUCUUUAGAUUUUAUAAGAUGUAAAUUAUAUAUAUAAAAGUUUAAGUGGAAAUAUGCAAUCUAUUUCUAAAUUGUUGCCUUAACUCUCUGUUUAUUGUAUUAUGGAUUUUCUGAUAAUAAUAUAUUUUCAAUACAAAUUCAAGAGGAAAGAGAUUAAAGUCAAAGUUUUUCAACAGUUUUACUAUAAAAUUGUAAAACUUUUUUUUCAAAUCCACUUUUUGUUUUAUCGAUGUUAGCAUUAUGUUAAUUAUUUUUUGUAUUAACAGGAGUUUAAUUCUGGAUAACUGAUUAUCUCAAUAGUGUUAUGUUAAUGGAAUAUAAUCUUGCUUCUUAAUCAUUUCUAAUAAUCUCAAUAACUGCUCCAUUAAGUGGAGUAUAUUUAGGUAGUUAAAUUUUAGAUAAUGAAGGUGGAAAUAAAGGAUUUAGAAUUAUGAAAAUAACUGCAAUCGAAUUAUGUUUAGCAAGCAUUUCCUUAGCUUUAAUUCCUCUAUUUGAUAAUUAAGGGAUAAUAGUAUUAUUAGUUUGGUGUUUAAUAUUUUUUGGAAGUAGUGCUAUUCCAUCAUUAAUGGGAAUAAUGAUUACAUCAUUGUAAAGAGAAGAAAAAACAUGUGGAAAUUAAUUAAGCCAUUUAUUUUUGGAUUUUUUUGGUUAUCUUCCAGCAUCAACUGUUUAUGGAUAUGUCUAAUAAAUUUCUGGAGGUUCAACAUCUAGAAAGGGAAUGGUUAUGCUUUCCUGUAUUUGUUUCUUAGGUUUAAUCUUUUUAUUACUAGGAAUAUACAAGAAAUAUAAUUAGAUAAGAUUGAUUUAUAUAGAUUUAAAUGAAUCAGAGUUUAAAAAUAAAUUACGUUCACUUUCUCAUCAUUCUGGUGAUAAUAUGGAUGAUUAUGAAAAGAAAGAUUUCUCAUAUAUAAGAAUGUAAACGGCUAGUAAAAAAUUUAAAUAAAUUAUAUUUCCACAUUAUAAUGAUUAAAUUGAGGGAGAUCAAUUAUCAGAAAAUGAAUCACCUUUGAUAAUUGGUAUGGAAACACAAAGGAUAAGAAAUGCAUAUAGAAGUUAAUGUUCUUAUUUACAUAUUUGUUAUAAUGUUUCAAGUAUUAUAGGAAGAAGGAGUUUAGAAAAUGAUUUGUUUAUGAUCAAAGAUGAUUAACUUCAAAUUAAAUUAAAAAGUUAAAACUCUUUUUAAUUAUAAGUUAUUGGAGCUAAUCAUCUUAUUUGUGAAGAGAGAGUUGUACAUUAAUAAUAGUAUUGA